CGCCGUCCGCCAACUCGGAAGCUCGCGCUCCCGGGCCGUGGGGGCGAGAUCGCCGCCCCCGGGCAGCGGCAAACUUCCCGGCGUCCCCCGGUCAGGCGAGACAGACGCCUCGCGAUUUCCCACCCAGUUCCCCUUCCCACAUCGACCGAUGGAGGCUGCGGCCGCCAGAGCGUCCCCGCCGCCCGCCCAUGCCUAGCCGCGAGCUGGGGACCAACAGCGCCACGGCGAGCGAGCGAGCGAGCGAGGACGGGAGAGGGAGUCUGUCUGCAAAGUGCUGCUCCCUGGUGCUCAGAGGCGGCUGCUCCAGCUCCAACUCUCAUUCAUUUCGCCGGCUAACAUGAGAGAUCAUGGCCGCCUUCGGGCUUCUCAGCUAUGAGCAGAGACCGCUGAAGCGCCCCCGGCUCGGGCCGCCAGACGUCUACCCGCAGGACCCCAAGCAGAAGGAGGAUGAACUUACUGCUGUGAAUGUAAAGCAAGGCUUCAACAAUCAGCCAGCCUUCAGUGGAGAUGAACAUGGCUCAGCCAGAAAUAUUGUAAUCAACCCAUCAAAGAUUGGAGCUUAUUUUAGCAGCAUAUUAGCUGAGAAACUAAAGCUUAACACUUUCCAGGACACUGGAAAGAAGAAACCCCAAGUUAAUGCUAAAGAUAAUUAUUGGCUGGUCACUCCUCGAUCUCAGAGUGCGAUUCAUAGUUGGUUCUCUGACUUAGCAGGAAAUAAACCACUUGCUAUUUUGGCAAAAAAGGAGCUGCCUCUGGCCAAGUCAGGUAUUCCUCAGGUCCCCAUCCUUAGCAAAAAAGAGGAUGUUUUUGCAUAUUUAGCUAAAUAUUCUGUGCCAAUGGUUCGAGCAACAUGGCUGAUCAAGAUGACUUGUGCCUACUAUUCUGCUAUUUCUGAAGCUAAAAUUAAGAAGCGCCAGGCUCCUGAUCCCAAUUUGGAAUGGACACAGAUAUCUACCAGAUACCUUAGAGAGCAGUUGAUCAAAAUUUCUGACUUUUACCACAUGGCCUCCAGUGCAGGCGAUGGUCCUGUCCCUGUGCCACCAGAGGUGGAGCAAGCCAUGGAGCAGUGGCAGUACACCGAGAAGCUGGCAUUUCACAUGUUCCAGGAAGGAAUGUUGGAAAAACAUGAAUAUUUGACAUGGAUCCUGGAUGUCUUAGAAAAGAUCAGACCAGUGGAUGAUGAUCUUCUUAAACUCUUGUUACCACUGAUGCUGCAGUAUUCAGAUGAGUUUGUUCAGUCGGCUUACCUGUCCCGUCGUCUUGCCUACUUUUGUGCCCGGCGUCUUGCGUUGCUGCUGAGCGAUAGCCCCAACCUCCUUGCUUCUCACUCGCCCCACAUGAUGAUUGGACCAAACAACGCGAGUAUUGGGACCCCCAGCCCUGGCCCCCCUGGCCCUGGCAUGAGUCCUGUGCAGCUGGCCUUCUCAGAUUACCUUUCUUGUGCACAGCAUGGCCCCCUGGUAUAUGGACUUAGUUGUAUGUUACAGACUGUCACUCUCUGUUGCCCAAGUGCCUUGGUGUGGAAUUAUUCCACAAAUGAAAAUAAGAGCAUAAACCCAGGCUCACCCCUGGAUCUGCUGCAGGUGGCCCCUUCCAGCCUUCCCAUGCCUGGUGGGAACACAGCUUUCAAUCAGCAGGUUCGGGCAAGGAUCUAUGAGGUGGAACAGCAGAUUAAACAAAGAGGCCGUGCAGUAGAAGUUCGGUGGUCUUUUGACAAGUGCCAAGAGUCUACAGCAGGAGUGACUAUUAGUCGGGUUUUGCACACACUGGAAGUCUUGGACCGUCAUUGUUUUGACCGAACUGAUUCCAGCAAUUCAAUGGAGACACUUUAUCAUAAAAUUUUCUGGGCAAACCAAAACAAAGAUAACCAAGAGGUUGCUCCUAAUGAUGAAGCCGUUGUGACACUGUUGUGUGAAUGGGCUGUUAGCUGCAAAAGGUCUGGCAAGCACAGAGCAAUGGCCGUGGCCAAACUCUUGGAGAAAAGGCAAGCGGAAAUUGAGGCAGAGCGGUGUGGUGAAUCAGAAGUCCUAGAUGAGAAGGAGUCUAUUUCUUCGGCCUCUCUAGCUGGAUCUAGUUUGCCUGUUUUUCAGAAUGUUCUGCUAAGGUUUUUAGAUACACAGGCUCCCUCACUGUCGGACCCAAAUAGUGAAUGUGAAAAGGUGGAAUUUGUGAACCUGGUGCUGCUCUUCUGUGAGUUCAUUCGCCAUGACGUCUUCUCCCAUGAUGCAUACAUGUGCACCCUCAUCUCUCGAGGAGACUUGUCAGUCACUGCCUCUUCUGGGUUGCGGUCCCCAGCAGGGGAGAAUGCUGACGAACACUAUUCAAAGGACCAUGAUAUGAAAAUGGAGGAACAGAACAUUAUGGCGCAUAUGGGCCUUGGCUCAGGAACCGCUCACAUUUUUGAUGAAGUAGACAAGAAUGACUUUAAAAGUGACUUUGGUUCGGAGUUUCCAAUUUUUUCUCCCAUGCCUGGAGAACCAUGUGAGAAUGCCAACCCUUCUUUGAGCAGAAGAAUGUCAGUUAAUGGUGAGAAACUGGUGAAGAGGGAAAAAACCAGGGAAUUAAUUUUCCCAUCCAAUUAUGACCUCCUCCGUCACCUGCAGUAUGCAACCCAUUUUCCUAUACCUCUGGAUGAAUCUUCAAGUCAUGAAUGUAACCAACGCACAAUCCUUCUCUAUGGAGUCGGAAAAGAGCGUGACGAAGCCAGGCACCAGCUGAAGAAGAUUACCAAAGAUAUCCUGAAAAUCCUGAACAAGAAGGGCACCACAGAAUCAGGGGUUGGAGAUGAAGGACAAAAGGUCAGGAAGAGCAAGCAAGAAGCGUUUCCCACACUGGAGACCGUGUUCACGAAGCUUCAGCUCCUCUCCUACUUUGAUCAGCAUCAAGUGACUUCUCAGAUCUCUAACAAUGUACUGGAGCAGAUCACAAGCUUUGCUUCGGGAACGUCCUAUCAUCUCCCUUUGGCUCACCAUAUUCAGCUCAUCUUUGAUCUCAUGGAGCCAGCACUGAACAUCAAUGGACUAAUUGACUUUGCAAUACAGUUACUGAAUGAACUCAGUGUGGUGGAAGCAGAACUGCUCCUGAAGUCCUCUAGCCUGGCAGGAAGUUAUACCACAGGCCUGUGUGUCUGCAUCGUGGCCGUUCUCCGGAGGUAUCAUAGUUGUCUGAUCCUGAAUCCUGAUCAGACCGCCCAGGUGUUCGAAGGGUUGUGUGGUGUGGUGAAGCAUGUUGUCAACCCUUCGGAAUGUUCUUCCCCUGAAAGAUGCAUCCUAGCCUACCUCUAUGAUCUCUAUGUCUCAUGUAGCCACCUCAGAAGCAAAUUUGGAGACCUCUUCAGUAGUGCCUGUUCAAAAGUAAAGCAGACCAUAUAUAAUAACGUAAUGCCUGCGAAUUCCAACUUACGCUGGGAUCCAGACUUCAUGAUGGAUUUUAUUGAGAAUCCCUCAGCCCGAAGCAUCAACUACUCCAUGCUGGGCAAGAUCCUUAGUGACAAUGCUGCCAAUCGGUACAGUUUCGUCUGCAACACGCUCAUGAAUGUGUGCAUGGGCCACCAGGAUGCAGGCCGGAUAAACGACAUAGCCAAUUUCUCCUCAGAGCUCACUGCUUGCUGUACAGUUCUCAGCUCGGAGUGGCUGGGGGUUCUGAAGGCUCUGUGUUGUUCUUCAAAUCAUGUGUGGGGAUUUAAUGAUGUACUGUGCACUGUAGAUGUGAGCGACCUUUCAUUCCAUGAUUCAUUAGCUACUUUCAUUGCUAUUCUGAUCGCAAGGCAGUGCUUCUCCCUGGAGGACGUGGUGCAGCACGUUGCACUUCCCUCUCUCCUAGCGGCAGCUUGUGGAGAUGCAGAUGCAGAACCUGGGGCAAGAAUGACCUGCCGCCUCCUGCUUCACCUCUUCCGAGCUCCCCAGGCCUGCUUCUUCCCUCAGGCGACUGGUAAACCUUUCCCCGGAAUAAGAUCAUCUUGUGAUAGACACCUCUUAGCUGCCGCUCACAACAGCAUUGAAGUGGGAGCUGUUUUUGCUGUCUUAAAAGCGAUUAUGAUGCUUGGAGAUGCCAAAAUUGGCAGUAACAGUGUCAGCUCUCUAAAGAAUGAUGAGUUUGCUGUGAGGGGUUUACGGCGUGACGGGAUUGCCGAGGAUAUCUGGACCACCUCGCAGAAUUCAAAAUCCUGUGGGAAAAGCAUUUCCAUAGAAACUGCCAAUUUAAGGGAAUACGCUAGAUAUGUACUGAGGACUAUCUGCCAACAGGAAUGGGUAGGAGAACAUUGCUUAAAAGAACCCGAAAGAUUAUGUACAGACAAAGAACUUAUAUUGGACCCUGUGCUUUCAAAUAUGCAAGCACAGAAGUUACUGCAGCUUAUCUGUUACCCUCAUGGCAUUAAAGAGUGUGCAGAGGGCGACAACCUGCAAAGACAACACAUUAAGCGCAUUCUUCAGAAUCUUGAGCAGUGGACGUUGAGACAGUCCUGGCUAGAGCUUCAGUUAAUGAUCAAACAGUGCUUGAAGGACCCUGGCUCUGGCUCUGUGGCUGAAAUGAACAACUUACUGGACAACAUUGCAAAGGCAACGAUAGAGGUGUUCCAGCAGUCUGCAGACCUGAACAGUAACUCCUCCAAUUCUGGCAUGAGCCUCUUCAGCCCAAAUGGUAUCGGAAGUGCUGAUGCAGGUAGCACAAGACAGAAUGGGAUAAAGACACUUUUAAGUUCCUCUGAACGCAGGGGAGUGUGGCUGGUGGCCCCCCUCAUCGCCAGGCUGCCAACCUCCGUGCAGGGAAGAGUGUUAAAAGCUGCUGGGGAAGAGCUGGAGAAGGGACAGCAUUUGGGGUCUUCUUCAAAAAAGGAGAGAGACAGGCAGAAACAGAAAAGUAUGUCUCUUUUGAGUCAGCAACCUUUCCUCUCCUUGGUCCUUACCUGCCUUAAGGGGCAAGAUGAACAACGGGAAGGCCUCCUAACAUCUCUGCAGAAUCAAGUUAAUCAGAUUUUAAGUAACUGGAGGGAAGAAAGAUACCAAGAUGAUGCUAAGGCACGGCAGAUGAUGUAUGAGGCUCUGCAGCUCCGCCUAAAUCUGGUGGGAGGAAUGUUUGACACGGUACAGAGGAGCACCCAGGGGACCACAGACUGGGCCCUCCUACUCCUCCAGAUAAUUACUUCAGGAACUGUUGAUAUGCACACUAACAAUGAAUUAUUCACAACAGUCCUUGACAUGCUGGGUGUUUUAAUCAAUGGGACAUUGGCCUCUGACCUAUCAAAUGCACCCCCAGGGGGCUCUGAAGAGAACAAACGUGCAUACAUGAACUUAGUGAAGAAACUGAAAAAAGAACUGGGAGACAAGCAGUCAGAAAGCAUUGACAAAGUUCGACAGCUGCUGCCUUUGCCAAAGCAGACAUGUGAUGUCAUCACUUGUGAACCUAUGGGUUCUUUGAUUGACACGAAGGGAAAUAAAAUAGCUGGAUUUGACUCCAUAGAUAAAAAACAGGCAAGAGGUCUUCAGGUGUCCACAAAGCAGAAGGUGUCCCCGUGGGACUUGUUUGAGGGUCAGAAGAACCCAGCUCCUCUGUCCUGGGCCUGGUUUGGGACUGUCCGCGUGGACCGGAAGGUGAUCAAGUAUGAGGAACAGCAUCACCUCCUUCUGUACCACACACACCCCAUGCCCAAGCCCCGAAGUUACUACCUCGAGCCACUGCCCCUGCCUCCGGAGGAGGAAGAGGAAGAGCCCACAUCUCCAGUUUCUCAGGAACCAGAAAGGAAAUCAGCCGAGCUGUCGGAUCAGGGAAAAGUUGCUGCUGAUGAAGAGAGGAAGACCAAGGGAAGGAAGCGUAAGACGAAGUCAAGCUCACGAGUUGAUGACUACCAACAGAGCAACAUAUACCGAGUGCCUCCUAACUACUCACCCAUGUCCUCCCAGAUGAUGCACCAUCCACAGCCCGCCUUGUGGGGUUACAACCUUGUGAGCCAGCCCCAGCAGCCAGGCUUUUUCCUGCAGAACCAGUCUCUUAAUCCAGGUGGCUCCAGAUUGGACCCUGUGGGCUCCUUUGUCCCAACCAAUACCAAGCAAGCGCUGUCCAACAUGCUGCAGCGGCGCUCAGGUGCCAUGCUGCAGUCCCCCUCCCUCCACACCAUCACAUCCCAGCAGCAGCUGCUCCAGAUGAAACUCCUGCAGCAGCAGCAGCAGCAGCGGCUUCUCAGGCAGGCCCAGAGUCGACCUUUCCAACAGGGCCAGCCAGCAGAGCAGGCUGCUCUCUUUGCUGCACAAGCCCGGCCCUCCCCUCAGCUCCCCCAGUAUCCAGGACUGCAGCAAGCACAGACCAUGCCCCAGGGCUAUACAAUGUAUGGAACACAGAUGCCUUUGCAGCAGGCAACACAGCAGCAGGCCGGUGGUGUGGUUCUCUCCCCCAGCUACAACUCCAGGGCCUAUCCAACUGCACAUUCCAGCCCAGCGCUGAUGGAAAGACUCAGACAGAUCCAGCAGCAGCCGAGUGGCUAUGUGCAGCAGCAGGCCUCACCAUACCUGCAGCCCAUGGCUGGCUCUCAGAGACUGAACCACCAGGCUCUACAGCAGAGCCCUCUGGUGGGCGGGGGAAUUGAUGCUGUGCUGACUCCCACACAUCCCAACCUCCCCUCGGUGCCCCUGCCUCAGGACUCCAUGAGGCCCAGACAACCGCAAGUUCGACAGCAUCAGAGACUUCUCCAGAUGCAGCAGCCCCAGCCCCAGCCCCAGCAGUCCUCACAGCCCCAGAAUCAGGCCCUUGGUCUCCAAGCAAUGCAGCCCCAGCAGCCUUUGUUCCCCAGGCAAGGCUUGCAGCAGACCCAGCAGCAGCAGCAGACGGCCGCCCUGGUGCGGCAGCUCCAGAAGCAGCUUUCUAGUAACCAGCCACAACAAGGGGUGACACCCUAUGGGCAUCCUUCACACUUCUGAAUCUGGAAGAGAAGACAUGCACUUUUAUGUUUGCACUGAAAAAUAGAAAAUCUAAGUUAUUAGUAACCCUGAAAAGUGCCCCUUUGGUCUUUCAUUUCUUUUACGUUUCUCUGUAUUUUAUGCUACAUUUCAUGCAAAAGCAUUUAAGUAAGAAGUAAAGGAGAAGUCAUGGUUUGGUUUUAUCAUCUUCAACUUUAAAAGUAGGUUUAAAAUGUGGAUCAUGCCGACUACUCCAGAAAGUAUGGUAUCCAACCUUUUGAAAUUGGUGCUUUUUAAAAUCUCAUAUUUACAGGAAGAAUCAAUUCUGGUCGGUUUAAAUAUUUAUAUAUUCAUUUCAUGGUGGUUUUUUGAACCUGUGGUGGACCAAACUACUGAUUGGAAAGAUGCGGCAGGUCUUACAGGGGUGUGACCCGUUCGUUUUGCACUCACCCGUGAUGGUGAGGUGAAUGUUUAUUUAUGUCACUCUAUUUUGAAAUGUUGGUAAUUUCAUAAGCACUUUAUAAACUUUGCUCUUAAUUUAUGUGAGACUUUGCUUUGCUUUUGUUGUGGUCAAAAGGUGCUGAAAAAGAUUGUUGCUUAGUACUUAAACUUCUUCAAGGCUUCUGCAAGAGCCACCCUGAGGUGUGUGGAGACCACCUGGAAGUGGCUACACUCAGAUCUGCCUCCAGUGGAAAGACUAUUAACCAGAGUCUUCAUGAAGGUACAACUGUUACAGACUAGAAGAACCACGGUGGCGUCAUUCCAUAUAUUUACUGCCAGUUUUGGUUCAAAAAAGAAAAAAAUGACCAUCACUUUUGGUUCUUCAGAACCUCAUGCCAACUUGAGGAAAAAGCCUCCAGGCUGGCUUUAGCUUGCCGCAGUGCUCAGACUUGACUUGGUUUCCAGAGACUCUUACCCCACAGUUCAGAAGGCUCUGGUAUCCAUCAAAGGUGCACUUGCUGUUUAUUUUGUACGGUAAGUAUUUGCUAUUUUGAAUUUGAUUAUUAAUGUUGGUGUCAGUCUUGGUUGUGUAUUGCUUAUACUGUAUUUAUAAGUUGGUGCAGAAAGCACAA